AUGUUAUUUCGCUGUAAUUAUCUCGCUCUUGUAGGUGGUGGAAAAAAUCCAAAGUAUCCACCAAAUAAAGUUAUCCUAUGGGAUGAUUCGAAAAGUAAGGAAAUAGCAGGGCUGGAAUUUCGAAGUGAAGUUAAGAAUGUAAAACUGAGGAGGGAUAGGAUCGUCGUUGUUCUUUCCAAUAAAGUAUUUGUCUAUAUGUUAAGCGCGCAACCACAGAAGCUCCACACUUUUGAAACAAUAGACAAUGAUAAAGGUUUGGUUGCUCUAUCGUCGUCACAAAACCACGCCAUUUUGGCGUUUCCAGGUCGACAAAAAGGCCACAUUCAGAUCGUUGAUCUCAAUACCUUCCACACUACCACGGCUGUGACUAGAGACAACACUACCUAUCCUACAAACUCAUCGUCUUUUUCAUCCUUUCCACAUCAUAGACGUUCUCAAUCGUUUGGUAGUAAUAAUGACUUACAGCCUCCGUCAGUCCAUGAUAGAAGACAGAGUGUAUCUAAUAAUUCGAGCGGAAGUACAACCGUGAUGACCACGAACAUCAGUAUUAUUCCUGCACAUGCUGGAAAAUUGGGUUGCCUAUCAAUAAAUGCCGAUGGAAGUAAAUGUGCGAGUGCAAGUGAAAAGGGUACGCUAAUAAGAGUUUUUGAUACUGCUACUGGAAAAUUAUUGAACGAAUUACGACGCGGUGUAGAUCGUGCUGAAAUUUAUAGCAUCGCAUUUAACCAUGAUUCGACGCGAUUAUGCGUUUCUUCUGACAAAGGAACAGUACACAUCUUUAAUCUGGACGCCAUUCUUGGAAAUGGCGCUAGCCAUUCUCCGAACAACGGAGCUGCCUAUUAUGGAGAGGUCGUUGUAAACAACACGAUCCCGUCACCGAGCGGUAACAGACAAUCUAGAGACUUGCUUCCAAAAUAUUUCUCUUCCGAAUGGUCGUUUGCUCACUUUAAAGUAAUGGCAGACUGUCGGUGCAUUUGUGGUUUCGGACAAGAAAGGAAUUCCGUAAUAGACGGAAGUUUUUAUAAAUAUACAUUCGAUCCCCGCAAGGGAGGAGAGUGUGUGCGAGAAGACUAUGAAAAUUUUCUAAGAAAUCAAGACGAUUGA